AUGACUAAAGCGCAUUUGCAACUCCCUUUUUCCUCUACCAACCGCCUAGUCGGACUCGAGGAACUACCGUUUGACACCGUUUUCGUAAUGGCCAACUCCUGGAUUCACUCAACUCGCAAGCUGUUUCCUCUCACUCUCUCCGUCCUGCUCCUCUUCGACGUCACCAACGCCAACGCCGCGCGGCCUAUCCUGCACCCCUCCCCGUCCGACACCAUCGCGGAUUCCGCGGUAUCCCCGCACAGGGUGGAGCGGAAGCUGUUCAGCUGGGACGGGGUGACCGUCGAUCAGAUAAUUGUGGGCAGCCUGGGCAUGAUCGGCGGUCCAGAGGACGACGAGGUGACGACGAAGAUCGUGGAGAUAUUCAUGAACGCGGGGUACAACGUGAUGGUCAUUCAGAGCGACCACUCCAUGCAGGGCGACCCGGCGUCCGCGCAGGUGGAGGUGUGGCACUUCUGGGAUAACUCCGAGUUCAAGGUGUAUUACAAGCAGGGCCCGUUCUCUAUGGAGAAUCUUGGCAAUGGCGGGUACGAGAACUGGGCGUUCGGAGGCAACUGGGUGCGCUACGGUGCGGAUAAGAAGGUCGCCGUGUUCUCGUGA